AUGACAAUAUGCACACCCGAGAUGCAUGAAACGCAGUCUUGGGAUUUUUUUCGAGACGACUUUUUCCCUCUACCAUGGGUGGCGAUCGGUGAUUUUAAUGAUGGCCAUUUGAUUGACAGCAUUAUGGAAGGUUUCUUUAAGAUUGACAAACUUGGUACGGGAUACAAGUUAGUGUUUUGUUCUACAGAAUUUGCUGAUUUUUCUUUUGAUGUUGGAAGGUAUCAUGAUGAGAAAUUUAAAGGAAAUCGUCUCGUCAUGGCUGAAAAUAAUGAUCCAUUUAAUCUUGUAUUCAUUGCUGAUAACUCUGGAUCUGGAAGUUCUGUUGUUUGA